UUUACCAUGAAGCUGCAUCAUCAUUAAACUAAACCUAUACAGUUUUAUAUUUAUGUAUAUAUAUAUACAUACCAUGAUGUUUUUUUUUCUUAACUGUAUACCAAAAAAAAAUAUGACAGAUAAAAAUCCAUAUUCACCUGAUGACAGUGAUUUCACCAACCUGUGGCCUUUGGAGCUUUCUGAGUACUUGAAAUUCGACGAUGAUGAAUGGCCAGAUGAUAAUCCAGAGCCAUUUUUUGCCGAACAUGUUACCAACCAAGAUAAUGAAUUAGUAGCUGAUUUUGGAGGAAGUGGUAGCCGAAUUGAAGGGCCAGCUUCUUCGAGCAGUGAACGUGAGAAGAAGGAAGUUAAAGAUAAAGUUGCAUUCAGAAUAAAGUCAGAGGUUGAAAUUCUUGAUGAUGGAUUCAAGUGGAGGAAGUAUGGAAAGAAGAUGGUUAAAAACAGCCCUAAUCCGAGGAACUAUUAUAAAUGUUCUAAAGAUGGAUGCCAUGUGAAGAAGAGAGUUGAGAGAGAUGUGGAAGAUCCGAGUUAUGUGAUAACAACCUAUGAAGGCACACAUACACAUCCAAGUUUUCUCUAGAAGAACUUUUAGCAUAUUCAUGGGGCCAUAGCUAGCCACUAGUAGUUGUCUUAAUUUAAGUCUUCUUUUUGGAUUUUGGAUGAAGUAAGUGAUGUUUGCAUGAGUAGUUUGAGUCAUGAAAAACAACCACUUGUAUUUGGUGUCAAAAAUAGGUGUGUAUCUAAUAUAUAUUGGAUGUCUAUUUAUCACUAUCCAAAAAAGUAUUGUGUGAUAUAGUUAUAAAGAUGUUACUAAUAUUGAAUGGAACUUAAAUAUAAUUGACUAAUGAUGAAAGUUUUAAGAAUUAGUGAAAGAUUUUAUCUCAUUGAAUGUUCAUAAAGAUAUAGAUGUAUAAUAUAAAAAUUGUCAAACAAAAUAUAUUUGACAUUCAGU